AUCUGUCAAAAAUGUCGAGGUCAUCUGACGACACAAAUAGAUCAAAUAAAAUAAUUUUCAUCAAAACAAAGGCAACCCACAUUAUUAUGAAUCGUAAUUAGUCAUAAGUUAGACCAUUGUCACCUUAUUAAAGAACUGAACUGUGUUUGGUAAUAUAAAAACAAACCAAUGUUAUAAAAUCGUGGUGUUUUUUUCCUUGUUAAUGUUCAUAAUACUGUGAAUUGACGACCAUGGCUGCUGCGUUAGCUAACGACUCGCCCAAAUAUAGGAGCAGCUUGAUAUGCUGCAGUCCGAGGUCCGCAGACAUUGGACCUGGCACGCCAUCGUCGUCUUCCACGUCGGGCUGCGUUUCAGCGGACGAUAGUUACGACUCGUACAACAUACCAAAGUCUGUGAAUAAAAAACUAAAGAUUCACGGCUCUGCAUCACGGGAGGAAGUCGAACGGGCCAUAACACAGUGUAAGGAGCUCGUAUUGUCGAGUCCACAGUGUUCAGACGAGAGGAAAUGGUUAGUGAGAUAUUUAGUUGAGUUAAGAUGGCGUUUGGAGGAUUUAAAAGAGAACAACGGUGAGUCACGGCUGCAUAUCUCGAUAAAGGGUCACCAUUUUAAUCGGCAGACGACAAUAACAAAUGGUAAGCAAUACUGUGAUCACUGCAGUGGCGUUGUAUGGAGCAUAGUGCAGGCGUCGUAUGUUUGUAGCGAUUGUGGUUAUUUGUGUCAUUAUAAGUGCAUAGAUCAUAUUUGUAGGGUCUGUGCCCAUGUUGUUAUGACAGAGAAAGGUGCAUUCGAAAUGAGUAUAUGCCCUGAAAAGGGUCUCGCAGCCCAGGAUUAUAAGUGUGCAGAAUGUGCGACCACUCUAACGUUUAAAGACUCGUGGAACGAACCCCGAUUGUGUGAUUACACCGGCUUGUAUUUCUGUGGCACGUGCCAUUGGAACGACAUGUGUGCAAUACCAGCUCGAGUUGUACACAAUUGGGACUGGGAGAAGCGUUCCAUUUCACGUCUAGCGUACCAAAUGUUGAUGCUAUCGUGGACACGGCCUUACAUAGAUGUAGAGCAGAUAAAUUCAAAGCUGUUUAACUUUAUAACGGAAUUACAGUGGGUUCAUAAAAUGAGAAAGGAUUUAGAAUGGAUGCGACGUUACUUGUGUGCUUGUAGGAAAGGCACUCUUCUGCUGUCUCCAUUAUUCAUUCAGCUUGGAGAUGUGAACAACAAAUACAGCAUGGCUCAUUUACAAGCCAUCAACGAUGGAACUCUGGAGUCCGAACUGACAGAGUUAACAGAAAUCUGUCGUGCUCACAUAACAAAAUGCCAGUUGUGUUCGGGUAAAGGUUACAUAUGUGAGAUCUGUGGCAAUAACGAAGUGAUUUAUCCGUUUGAUAAUGGUGCUAUCAUGUGUGACAAUUGUAACUCUGUUUACCACAGAAGUUGCUGGCUUCGGAAAGGCCAAAAUUGUUUGAAAUGCAUACGUAUUGAGGAACGGAGAAAAAGUAAAAUUAACGAUGACAAAACAGAUUCAAAUAUAGAAUAUGAUAUCGAUAAAUUUGUUGAAUAAUCUCUGGUUUUUUCCUCUAUGUUCAGACUUAGAUAUUUUGUUAUAGUUCUUUAUUUUUAUAU